UCAAAAACGCGUCGCGGAAUCAAAUGGGGGGUUACAUUCUUUUACGUAGGUAUACGAGUACGAGUCGAGUACUGUACUGGUACAGUUAUUACUGGUGGUACAAGUGAGUACAUACUACAAACGAAAGUAACAGCACGACUACCGACAGCGUUCAUUUUUUGUCAGUCUUCGACGCACUUGACGUGUGAAAACUUCAGCUUCUGCAUGCGUAGCGACCCUUUGCGACAUGGCUUUCAGUCCUUCUCUUACUCCUUCUCGACCAGCACCGGUGCCGCCUAGACGAGCUGCAGUCACAGCACCUUCUAUACUUAGAGUUACCGACGGAGCAGCAGCCCCGCAAUCCAAUUUCUCCUCGACCUCCUACUCUCCGUCAUUUUCGUAUACCAAUUCAUCGAUACAGUCGACAAAGCUUGUGGAUACGACGCGCAGCAGGACGAUUCGAUCUGGUGCAGCUAGCAUAAAGGAAGAAGGGCUGAGAGCAUUCAUGUGGAGUAAGAGGUGGCUAGUCCUAGGGUCUGCUGAACUUCGUAUCUACAAAAAUGAGAAUUCUCCUUCACCCGUUUACACCGUGUCUCUGGAGGACAUACAAGAUGUCCAACGAGUAGAUAUGAAGCCCUACUGUGUGGAAAUUGAAACUGGCGACAAAUUGCUUUACUUCGCUUUUCGCUCAGAUAAUGAGGUUUAUGGGUGGAUGGACGACAUUUACAGCAGAUCUCCGCGUUUGGGCGUAUCCCAACCUACGAACUUCGUUCAUCAGGUUCAUGUUGGUUUCGACCCUAAGUCAGGGGGAUUCACUGGUCUACCGCCUCAGUGGUCAAAACUUCUCACUUCAUCUGCUAUCACCAAAGAGGAAGCUGCCCGCAAUCCAGAAGCUGUACUAGAUGUUCUUCAAUUUUACACCCAACAGCAAGCUGGCAAUGUUCUCGAAGGAUACCAACAGUUUCCUGUGCCAACUGUUUCAAAUCAGUCGUUGACAACUGGUACUGCCGCUACGCGUUUCAAAGGCGUAGGUUUGGGUGGACAACAGCAACAGCAGCAACAGCUUCAAUCAGUGCCAUUCACGGCACCGGAGUCGUUAGAAGCGACCACUGUCGUGCCUGUUCGGCCAUCGUUUGAUACUGAAGAAAAUACCUUGGCCCAGAAAGAGAAAGAAAAAAUACUUAAUUCACAGCACCAGCCUAUGGAGUCCGUCUCACGGCCUGCAAUGGCUAAAUCUGAUAAGGAGAAGGUUACGUGGAGUCCUGGCCCGACUAUGGAGAAAAGAAUCAGUACCAUGAACGAAGUACAAAUUAUGGAAAAGCUGCGAUCCGUUGUAAGUGCCAAGGACCCAUCUCAGCUGUAUUCGAAAAUAAGGAAGAUUGGCCAAGGGGCAUCAGGAAUGGUUUUCGUUGCCAAAACGCUGCUGAAUGGCAAGAAGGUUGCUAUUAAACAGAUGGAUUUAUCUCAGCAGCCACGCAAAGAGCUGAUCGUAAAUGAGAUCAUUGUUAUGCGGGAAUCCCAACAUCCAAACGUUGUUAACUUUCUUGAUGCGUUCCUCGUACGAGGUUCAGAGCUUUGGGUUGUCAUGGAGUAUAUGGAAGGAGGGGCACUCACAGACGUCAUCGAGAAUAAUAAAUUGGAAGAAAAUCAGAUUGCAGCGAUAUGCCUUGAAACCUGUCGCGGUUUACAACACUUACACUCUAGGUCCAUCAUUCAUCGUGACAUCAAGUCUGACAACCUUUUGAUGAAUACCCAAGGUGAAGUCAAGAUAACCGAUUUCGGCUUCUGCGCCAAACUUACGGACCAGAAGUCUAAGCGUGCUACUAUGGUCGGAACGCCGUACUGGAUGGCCCCUGAAGUUGUCAAGCAAAAGGAGUAUGGUGCCAAGGUAGACAUUUGGUCUUUGGGGAUCAUGGCUAUAGAAAUGAUCGAAAACGAGCCUCCUUACCUCGAUGAAGAGCCCCUUAAAGCUCUUUACCUGAUAGCCACAAAUGGCACUCCUACCUUGAAGUCACCCGAGAAACUUAGCCAGGAUCUCAAACACUUCUUGAGCGUAUGCCUUUGUGUAGAUGUCGCGUUCCGGGCAACAUCUACUGAGCUUUUAAAGCACGAGUUCUUGCAGUUAGCAUGCUCUGUUCGAGAUCUUGCCCCUUUACUGCGGUUCAAGCAAGGCACUCUGUAGAUAUGUAGUUGUCCUAGUCGCCGGUCAUUCAGCUGUGUAUAUGUUAAUGAUGCUUGGCUUUUCUCGACUGCGUAUAGGUGUUUUGUGAUAAUCGUGCCUGCUAUCUUUCAAAGUCUAUCUAGUGCCAUCUGUUUCAUCGCUCGCUCUCGAGAAUCCCCAAAUCUUGUCACUGUUUCUUUCACCCUCUGUAACAACGGCUUUGCUUAUCUACAUACACAAUGUCAGCCUAUCGCUUUGAUAUGAUCGUUGAUGGGGUUCUCUUCAUGUUAAAUUCGAUUCAUGGCAGGCAUGAAAUUUAGA